GCUUGUGUAAUUGUUGUGUGGUACUUGCCACUUACUUACUUAUGGCUAUUGUUAUUUUGUGUAAUAUGUUACCACUCGGCAGUUCGGCACUCUAUAUAAUAUAAAUAAAUAGUUUCCUAUUCUGGCUAGUGGCUAGUUGGUUGCCGAGGAGUUGUCGCUUGUGGCUAGUGGCUGGUGUGACAUGUCUGACGUCUGACCAAUAUAACAUUUAUUAUAAAAUAUUAUUCUAUGCCUAUGACGGUUGACGAUGCUAUUGUUUUGUUCGUCUAGAAGCCUUGUUAGAUAGUUAACAUUUCAUAUUUAUCUUCCACGAUGGAGCUAAGUCAUAGUUUGCUGUUAAAUGAAGAAGCGUUAAGACAAUUGCCAGAAACAAAGCGUCCAGUUUUCAUCUUUGAAUGGCUACGUUUUUUGGAUAAAGUAUUAUUGACUUCCAAGAAAGCUGAUAUCAAAGAAUGUCAAAAAAAAAUGGUCGAUCAAUUAACAAGCUUAAUUCAAAAAAAUCCAGGUCCGCCGACUAGAAUGUUAAUUGCAAAAUGCCUGUCCACUUUGUUCAAUGUUGGCGAUACAUUUCUUCUUUUUGAUACAGUUAACAAAUGUAAUGAUUUGUUACGUGUUAAAGAUGACUCUUUAACAUACCUUUCUACAAAGUUAGCUGCAGUUACUUGUAUGGGAUUUAUGUACAAAAAUUUGGGACGAAUGAUGGGACGAUCUUAUGAAGAAACUGUGACUAUUUUAAUAAAAUGUCUUAAGAAUGCAGAAUCUCAAAUCAGAGUAGAGAUAAUUAUAACAUUAGAAAAGAUUUGCUGUGGAAUGGGAAAUGUUAUGGGUCAUAUGCAUAAAGAUAUUUACAAGGCUAUUAAACAUUCUCUAACCGAUCGAGUAAUGGCUGUUCGAACUGCUACUGCCAAAUGUUUAUUUGAAAUGAUAAAACAUUCCAGUUUUUUAUACACUUCAGAUUUAGAAAAUGUAGCUACAUUAUGUUUCCGAGCAUUUGAAAAUGCAAACUAUGAAGUAAGAUGUUCUGUAGCAAAAUUUUUAGGCUUUCUAAUUGCUUCUACACAAAUCCAAAACAAAGAACCUCAUUCAGUUCAAAUGUCAAAGUCAACAAAAUGUAUUACAUUAGAAGAUUCAUUAACCAUAUUAAUGAAUGGUUUUUUAAGAGGUGGAACUGGAUUUCUUAAAGGAACAGGAGAAAUUAUAAAAGGAACUACAGGUAGUCAUCGAGAAGUUAGAGUUGGUGUUACUUAUACUUAUGUGGAAUUUGUUCAUUCAUUGGAUGUUACUUGGUUGGAAAAAAAUUUAAAUACUUUCAUGCGACAUAUUUUAGAUUUAGUUUCAAAUCCAAAAUCAGCAUCUUCUCGUAUUGAUGCCAUUUAUUCUAGAAAGUGUAUUAGCUUUAUAUUACGUAGUGUUCUUGGACAAAUGUUAAGUGAAAAGGCACAAUCUUCUGCGUGUAAAGAAUUGGCCCUAAUUGUAAAGAAACAAAUGAGUUCAAUUGAUUUUAGUCCAGAAAACGCUAAAGAUUUUAACCAAGAGACCAUAUUUGGUCAAAACUUUUUAGUUUGUGCAUUGCAAGAAAUGGGCUGUUUACUGCUUAACAUGGGCACAAUGGCAAACAAUCUUAUAUCGGAUAAUACAUGCAAUGUUAUUGAGACAGCUUUAUCUGUUAUGGUACAUCCUAGUCCGGCAGUUCGAUUAUCAGCUGCAUGGUGUAUACGGUGUGUUUGUAUUGCCCUACCAAGCCAAUGCACUCCUUUAAUUGAUCGAUGUAUUGAGAAUAUUGAAAGUACAGGAGCUUCACCAGAAAUAAUUCUUGGUUAUAGUUCUGUACUUAUUGGUAUACUUGGAAGUGUUAAAGUCUCACCUUUGGGUAUCCCUCAUAUGCGAGGAAAAAUAAUCUUUAAUACUGCUGAAGAUUUACUGAGAACUGCUAGUCAAAAUAGUAGGCUAUCACAUAGUAGAACUAAAGCUGGAUGGUUGUUAAUUGGUGGCGUGAUGACAUUAGGAGUUAGCGUUGUUCGAGGACUUUUACCACGCAUGCUUCUCUUAUGGAGAAAUUCUUUUCCACGAUCAUCUAAAGAACUUGAAUCUGAAAAAGCUAGAGGAGAUCUAUUUACUUGGAAGUUGAUUUUGGAAGGCCGAGCUGGAGCUCUUGCAUCUAUUUACAGUUUCUUAUUCAACUGUAAUGAGCUAGUCACUGAAGAGAAAAUUAAAAGAUUAUUAGUUCCAAUUGAAUCUGCUCUUGCAAUGCUAAUUAAUAUGAAUUCAGUUGUUAAAAGCUAUGGUCAACACUUAAAAGCUCCAAUAGAAUUAGUCAGAUUGCGAUUAUAUGAAACUUUAUCGCUGAUUCCUGCACAAGAUUUUGAAGCUUCAUUUACACAUAUUUUAAGACUGUUAGUCUCAGAAUUUACAUUGGCAGAAAAUCCUGCUAAUACUGUAACAUCAAAAUUGAGAUAUGUUUGUAAAAACGAGGAAGGAAUAUUAUUGGGAAUAUGUCCUGUUCAACAUUCACAUCAUCAGACAAUUGAAGAUCAGGUGGAUUGUUCAAGAAAAGUUGAAUAUGAUUAUCUGAUACAAAAUAAUGCCAUAGGAUCAGGUGCUUUAGACAAUGAUCCUAGAUAUCUUUAUCUCUCAGUAUCUAAAGAUGAUAACAUACCAAGUCCUUUACCACUGGAGGUAUCUGUAAUUGAUGCAUCUGUUACUCUAUUUGGCUUAAUAUUUCCUCGUGUGACCAACAAACACAGAAUUCAGAUGAUAGAUCAUUUCACUGAUCAAAUAAAAUACUCAAAGUCAUGCCGGUGUGAUGCUAUUUCAACCAACAUUUUUGCUUCACUAUUAGCUGGUCUUAAAGCACUUUCAGACACCAAAUCAACAAUUGGUCAUGAAGAAAUUAAGACAACUACUGCUACUCUGAUUACAAAUGCAUUAACAAAUGGUAAUACCAUUCUACGAGUGGCUGCUGCUGAGAGUGUUGGACGAAUGGCUCAAGCAGUUUCAGAUUCAAGAUUCACUGCAAUGCUUGCUCAAACUAGUUUUGAUCGUCUCCGUUGUGCUAGAGAUGUCCCUAGUCGAACUGGACAUUCUUUAGCUCUUGGAUACUUACAUAGACAUGUUGGUGGUAUGGGAUCAUCACACCAUUUGAAUACUAGUGUUAGCAUUUUGCUUGCAUUAGCUCAAGAUACCACAUCUCCAAUCGUUCAAGUUUGGUCUCUACAUGCAUUAUCUCUUAUAGCAAAUUCAGGGGGGCCAAUGUUUAGAGGUUAUAUAGAACCUUCAUUAUCGUUGGCCUUAAAACUUCUGUUGAUAGUUCCUCAUUAUCAUGCUGAUGUUCAUCAGUGUAUAGGAAAAUUGAUCUCGUCUUUAAUCACUACCAUUGGACCAGAAUUACAAGGUAAUUCAGCAUCAAUUACAACUGCCCGCUCAUCUUUUUUGUGUGCAUGCGCUAUUAUGCAAGAUCAUGAAGAUCCAUUAGUUCAAGCAGAAUCUACAGUAUGUCUACAAGAGUUACAUAUGUUCACACCAAAACAUGUCAAUUUGACUGCCUUAGUUUGGACUUUAUGUCAAAAUUUAUCAAAUAGUCAUUUACUUCUAAGAAAAGCAGCAGUUUCAUGUUUAAGACAGCUAUCACAGAGGGAGGCAAAAGAAGUAUGCGAAAUUGCAGAAUCAUUUGUUAAAUCUCCUGAAAAUAUCAACAAAGAUGGAUUUUUAUUGACAGAAUCUGGAUUACCAGGAGUAUUAUUUAAUAUGUUAGACACAGAAAUGGACAAACAACUAAUAAAAGAUAUUCACGAUACUCUCAUAAGUAUGCUUCAAAUGUUAGCUGUUGACAAUCUUACAAAAUGGAUUAAUUUGUGUAAAUCAGUCUUAACGGUUUCUUCAGAAUUACAUAAUAAGGAAAUAGAUAAAAAUGAUGGGCCUGUAAUGAAUGAUGACGAUGAAACUGGAGAUGACCAUGAUGAAUUCCAAAAGGAUUCUAAAAAUGAAUAUUUAUUAAAAAGAAAACGACAACCUAGAUGGCCAACUAGGGUUUUCGCUGUUCAGUGUAUUUGUCGAAUAAUAUCUACAUGUCAUAAAGAAUGUGACUCUUCUCCACAUUUUAAUUUGUCAUUAGCCAAAGAAUUAUCGUUUACUAAUAAUAAAGGAGACUAUCUGAUUCUUCAUUUGUCUGAUUUAAUAAGAAUGGCGUUCAUGGCAGCAACUAGUGACAGCGAUCAGUUACGUUUAGAAGGAUUUGAAACUCUUAAUGAGAUUAUUGAAAAAUUUGCUCAAGUACCUGAACCUGAAUUUCCUGGUCAUUUAUUGUUGGAACAAUUUCAAGCUCAAGUGAGUGCUGCAUUAAGACCAGCGUUUUCUGAAGACACUCCCAGUCAUGUUACAGCUGCUGCAUGUCGAGUAUGUGGGACAUGGAUAGGAAGUGGAGUUGCACGUGAUUUAAAUGAUUUAAGACGAGUUUAUCAUUUAUUAGUCACAUCUCUUAAAAAACUCAAACCGGGUUUCAAUAUAAAUUUCAAUAGUUUAUAUAAUGAAAGUGUUGCAACAUUUGAAUGUUUAGCUAUACUUAAAGCUUGGGCCCAGAUUUAUAUUAUUGCCAUGAUAAAUAAUGGUGUUGCCCCUGAUAAUUUCAAUAAAAAUUCUAACUUAAAUGUUAGUGAAACUAAUGACGAUUUUGGAAAUUAUGAAGGACAAAAUGAUAGUCUGUUGACUUUAAUUCAUCCAGAAUUAGAUAUGUUAUCUAAAAAUUGGCAAGCUGCUCUUAAGGAUCAUGCUCUUCUAUUGCUACCUUGUGAGUUUAACAGUCAACUUCCACAUGAAGGUGGUGCUUUUUAUACAUCAAGUACGAUUGAUAAUAGUAGAAGUCAUUAUAAAAAUGCUUGGCCUCCUAUUUUAUAUGCUUUAUCACUAUGGUUGAAUUCUGAAGAUUUUAAACAUGAAAAUACUAGUAUAGCUAAAGAGUUGCAAGACAAAUUUUACCUAAUAUUCGGAAUUUGUACUGAAGCAAUAUGUAAUCAACGGACUUUGGAAAAUGUAGACAAUUUUAUAACUUGUCUUAAAUCGUUAUAUACAAUAUUAGAUUCACCGUUGGCCAGACGAAUGAUGAUGAAAAAUUGUAUUUUAGCAGUGGAAACAUUAAAUAUUAUGCACAAAUUACUUUUAACAAAUGAUAGUAUAGAAGUACAGCAAACUAUUAUGAAUAUUGUAAAACAAAUAGUAAAAGCUGCUCAAGAGGAUUUAAAAAUAAAAAAUUCAAAUACGGCUAAUGAAAAAAGUCUUGGAUCCUCAACUGCUGCUGAUGUAGCUUGCUUAGGGGAUGGUGGACAGGAUGGGGUUCUGGAGCAUGAUAAAAGUAUUGUGUUUGCCACAUUAGAGGUUUGCAUGUGUUUGAUUGUUCGACAAAUACCAGAUAUGAAUCCAACACCUUUAGUAUCUUCAACCAGAAAAUUACAUUCAAAUUGUUUAAACCAUAAUGUUAUUGCUACAACAUUAAAUAUUAUGGCCCAACUUCCAAAUCUUUGCUCUCCGAGUGGAGGUGUUCAGAUACUUCCAACAAUUGCAUAUUUAAUAACCAAUGUACUAAAAGAAUUGGGAGAAACUAAUAGUUCGAGUGAAACGUCCAAAAAUAAAAUUUCUAUUCUAGCAGCCCUGGACGCUUUUCAUGUACUCUGUAAACAUUCUUUUGGAUAUCACAAAGUAUCUGAAAGUAAAUGGAGGUCACUCUUACAAAGUACAAUUGCUAAACUAAUUGAUAUUUCUAAAACUGGAGAUGAAGGCAAAAAAUUAAAUGAAAUAACGAUGCUAUCUGUUAUUACUGUAUUUACAUUACAUGCACCACCUGGCGUUAUGUUUGUUCAAAAUAUUUUAUACCCUUGCAUUAAUUACUGUACACAAUGUUUCGGAAGUGAUAAUAUCUUUGUUAAAACAAAAUGCAUUCAAUUUCUUAAAGCUGUUUUUCAACAUGAAGAUAAAUAUAUUGCAACAGGAUACAUUCAAGCACUAGCUCCACGUCUUAUGGAAUUGUUAUACGUGGAUAUACCAAACAAUAUGUUGGAAUCUAAUUUGUUAAUGCUAUGUGAAGCAAUUAGUGCGAUUGAAUGCUUGGUUCAAUUGGCACAACCCAAACACAGAACUCAAAUGUUAGCAUUGCUUGUACCAUCCUUAAUCAAUUUUCUUAUAGACACAGAAUUGACAAAAUAUGACACUGCCAUAUCUAAAUCACGGUCUAAACUUCAUGAGUUUAGUUUACAAUGUUUAUUGAAAAUUGGGCCGGUUUAUCCACAGGAAUUCAAAAUAAUCAUGUCUCAAAACAAUAAAUUGAAAACAAAAUUAGAACAUACCAUUAAAACUACUAAAUCACAACAACAGUUUAACUCUGGUUGUCAUAUACCACAAAGUAUAACUAAGUCAAUCCAGCCUUCUAUCAAACUGAAAACAGAUUUCACUAACUUUAGUUAACAUUAAGCAUUUUAUCUAUAACAUAACGGUUAAAAAGUUUUAAAUAUUUAUUAUUUUUACUAGGACAUUGAUUUUAUGUAUCAGAGAAUUAUUAAUAGAAUAUAUGUAUUAAGUUACCGAUUCUAUGCUGGACUGAAAUCAUUGUUUAUUAAUUUUUUAUUUUGAAAAAAUUUUAAAUACAAAAAACAUAGUUAAAAA